UAGCACGGACGAGCAUCACGUCGCCCAAUACGCUUCUUGGUGCGACUCACGCCGCCGCGAUUCUGUUUCGUGUCGCGAUGGCGCGGCUCCCGCAUGCGUACUUUGAGCCGCCCAAGCUGUCGGCGACGGACCGGCAGUCGUUUGUGAACAACGCCAAGGACGCGUGCCGCAACCUGGUCCGCCAGGCCCGCGCCAUGGACAUGUUUCCGAUCUACUGCGAGUCGACGCACCACCGCACGCAGCGCCGCCUGUCCAUGCGCCUCGGCCACGACGUCGGCAACCCACGGCUGGUGUGCAUGAGUGCGCACACCCAAGUUUCGUGCACGGUCGACGCGAUCGCGGACCUGUAUUACACCAACACGGUCCAGCACACGUACGAGCACGUCCUCCACCCGUCCGUGCUCGAUCGACGGUGCUUGUAUCCACUCGUCCAUCGCGACCAAGUCGCGCCGCUGCAUUACGUUGCGCUCAACUGGAUGGCCGUCGAGAUGCCGUCCGUGAUUGCCGACCGCGACUUUUGCUACGUCGAGUACCACGACGAGUUUCACGACGGCGCGGACCGCCGCGGGUGGGCGCGCGCCAUCCACUCGGUCGACCUCGCGUCAUGCCCGCCGCUACACGACAAGUUUGGCAUGAUCCGCGGCAAAAUCUACCACAGCGGCCAAGUGUUUAUCGAGAACGACGGCAACUCGUCCGUCCUCGACAUGCACCAGAUCGUGUGCGUCGAGCUCCACGGGACCGUAUCCCACGAUAUUCACCACGCCGUCCUGGUGCAACUCGCGGAAGAAUGCAUGAACGUCGACGAGUACUUGCGGACGGUCAACUUGAGCCAGUGCCGCCUCGUCGACGCGAUGGCGUCGAAAGCCCACUGCUGUGCAUGCUGCGAGGCGCCGUUCAAGGUGUCGCUGCUGUUUGCCAGCGUCAAGCGCCACCUGUGCCGCGUGUGCGGCCAUACCGUGUGCGAAGAGUGCUCGGCAUUGUGGGACCUCGAUUGCAAAAAGCCCGUGCGCGUCUGCAUCGCGUGCAGUGAGCAGGCCAAGGACCCGCUCAACUUGUCGUUGUCCAAGACCCUUCCGCUCAUGACGGUCCCCCCUGGGAUGCUGCAUGGCAACAACUCGUCCGAGGCGGCGGCCAGCCAUGCCGAGAGCCCUGCCGCCGCACUCGACCGCGUCCACUCGGCGCACCAUCAACGACACGAUCAGGACGACCACGGUAGCAUGCGCGCCACUCGAUCGAGGCGCCAGUCGGGGCAGAGACAGCACUCGAACAGUGCCCCGAAGAUUGUGCUCUUUGACGAGUACGACGCGGAGCACGGGCUCCGGCAGCUCGAGUCGACCUCGCUUGACGAAACAGCGGCGGACCGCGACAGUUGCAACCAAAAGCUCCGCGACUUGCUCGAGACGAGCCGGUCGUACAACCCCGACGCCGUCAGGCAGAUCGUAGCUGCCCUCGAGUAACUAACCACACGACCCACCAUCCCAACGUGUGCCAACAUAACCAAGACCAACUUUUUCA